GUUGCUUUGGGUGCUUCUUUUGAAUUUGCCAAUCGAUUCCCAGCCGCCCCGCCGCGCAGUCGACAAUGAGUAGUCCAUCGCCAGCGGGGAAGGGCAAAGGAAGAGUCAAGCAACCUGCGCCCAAGCCGAGACAAAUUGCUACAGGCGCUUCUUCAUCUGCGAGGCGCCAGUCUAGCGCCGGAUCGACUAUAUCAGGCACACCGGUUGUGGCUGCUGCGAAACGGCGAUACCGACCCGGUGACAAGGCGCUGCUGGAGAUUCGGCGUUUCCAAAAGUCGACAGACUUGCUCAUGCGCAAGCUCCCAUUUGCACGGCUUGUUCGCGAGAUUCAAAUGAACUUUUCGGGCCAUCAAUUCCGAUGGCAAUCGUCGGCGCUUCUAGCGCUGCAGGAAGCCGCCGAAGCGCACUUGGUUAGAAUAUUCGAAGACGCGACGUUGUGCUCUAUUCAUGCAAAGCGCGUAACACUUAUGGUGAAGGACAUUCAAUUAGCGCGGCGAAUCCGUGGCCGCGAACACGAAUAAUCUCAGCAACUCUUGUGCACUGUCGUAAAGAUUGAACUUGGUUGCUAGCCAUGGACGUCACCGCGCCAUACGUGUGUCCCAUGCUAAUGCGAUGGCGCAAGAGUCCGUUGGCACCCCGGCCACUUGUCACCCCUUGUUCCUUUAUACAUGUCUUGACUACCCUGCAAGAUCGCUCGUGGCGUCAACGUCUACGCCAACGUCGUCGAUGUUGGUGAGCACUUGACAACUGGGAGCAUUAC